GGGCAGGACCCAUGAGGAGUCAUAGAAGAUGCUCACAGCCUGGGCGCUUCUGCUCUUCUUAGCCAUGUGGGUGAGAAGCACCUCUGGUGGCCCGCUCUCCUUCAGAAUAGCUGCCAUCCUUGAUGACCCUAUGGAGUGCAGCAGAGGAGAGCGCUUGGCCAUCACGCUGGCCAAAGACAGCAUCAACAGGAACAGUAACCGCUCAACCACUGGCAAGCUGGAGGUGGACAUCUUUGAACUGUUGAGAGACAGUGAAUAUGAGAUGGGCGAAACAAUGUGCCAGAUCAUGUCAAAAGGGGUGGUGGCAGUCCUCGGUCCUUCUGCCAGUCCGGCCUCCAACUCCAUCAUCAGCAAUAUCUGUGGAGAGAAGGAGGUGCCGUAUGUAAAGGUGGCUCCAGAGGACAUUCUGAAGGUUCAGUUCCCCCGAUUCACCACUCUGGACCUGAGGCCAACCAACACCGACAUCAGCCUGGCUGUGGCUGGCCUUCUCACCUUCUUUAACAGCACCACCGCCUGCCUCAUCUGUGCACAGGCUGACUGCUUAUUGAACCUGGAGCAGCUCCUCAGGCAGUUCCUCAUCUCCAAGGAGACUCUGUCAGUGCGCAUGCUUGAUGACAGCCAGGACCCAACCCCGCUACUGAAGGAGAUCCGAGACGACAAGACUGCCACUAUUAUAGUCGACGCCAACGCCACUAUGUCACAUAUCAUUUUGGAACGGGCAUCAGAGCUGGGAAUGCUGUCAGUCUACUACACGUAUAUCUUCACCUCUCUGGAAUUCACUUUACUCCGACUGGACGACGUGGUGGACCAGCGAGUCAACAUAGUUGGUUUUUCAGUCUUCAACAAAACUCAUCCCUUCUUCCAGGAUUUUGUGCUAAGCCUCAACCGCUCCUGGCAAGAGAACUGUGACCAUGCACCCUUCGCUGGCACCCCACUCUCCUCAGCUCUGCUCUUUGAUGCGGUAUAUGCGGUGGUGGCGGCAGUCCAGGAGUUGAACCGUAGCCAGAAUGUUGGCGCCACUCAGCUCUCCUGCAAGUCCUCCAAGAUCUGGGAGCACGGCACCAGCCUCAUGAAUUACCUGAGGAUGGUAGAAUUGGAUGGUCUAACAGGCCACAUUGAAUUCAACAGCAAAGGCCAGCGGUCUAACUACGCCCUGAGGAUCAUGCAGAACAGCAAGGAUGGCCUAAGGCAGAUUGGCCUGUGGCACUCUGAAGAUGGACUGUCCAUGGAGAAAAAGCUUCCAUCAAUCAAUGUGACAGAUACCCUCUUCAACACCACUCUGACCAUCACGACAAUAUUAGAGAAUCCGUAUGUGAUGCUGCGGCCAAACCACCAAGAACUGGAGGGAAAUGACCGCUACGAAGGCUUCUGUGUGGACAUGCUGAAGGAGCUGGCAGAUAUUCUCAAGUUCAAGUAUCGCAUCCGUCUGGUGGGGGACAGACUGUACGGGGUUCCUGGAGCCAAUGGAACAUGGACUGGCAUGGUCGGGGAGCUCAUCUCAAGGAAAGCUGACCUGGCAGUCGCAGGCCUCACCAUCACAGCAGAGCGUGAGAAGGUCAUCGACUUCUCCAAGCCCUUCAUGACCCUCGGCAUCAGCAUCAUGUACCGUGUCCACCUGGGACGUAGGCCCGGCUAUUUUUCCUUCCUGGAUCCCUUCUCCCCUGGAGUCUGGCUCUUCAUGCUUCUGGCCUACUUGGCUGUCAGCUGCGUCCUCUUUCUGGUGGCCAGAUUGACGCCUUAUGAGUGGUACAACCCCCACCCGUGUCUAAAAGGUCGCUGUAACCUGCUGAUCAACCAGUACUCACUUGGCAACAGUUUCUGGUUCCCUGUUGGAGGCUUCAUGCAGCAAGGAUCCACCAUUGCUCCCAGAGCUCUGUCCACACGUUGUGUCAGUGGAGUGUGGUGGGCCUUCACAUUAAUCAUCAUCUCAUCCUACACCGCCAACCUGGCUGCUUUCCUUACGGUCCAGAGGAUGGAGGUGCCCAUAGAGUCAGUAGACGACCUGGCAGAUCAGACGGCAAUAGAGUAUGGCACCAUGCAUGGAGGAUCCACAAUGACCUUCUUUCAGAACUCUCGCUACCAGACCUACCAGCGGAUGUGGAACUUCAUGUACUCAAAACAGCCCAGCGUGUUUGUGAAGAGCACGGAGGAGGGCAUCGCCCGUGUCCUCAACUCCAACUAUGCCUACUUGCUAGAGAGCACCAUGAACGAGUACUACCGCCAGAGGAACUGCAACUUGACUCAGAUUGGAGGACUGCUGGACACCAAGGGCUACGGCAUCGGCAUGCCACUGGGGUCAGUGUACCGUGAUGAGUUUGACCUGGCCAUCCUCAAAAUGCAGGAGGACAAUCGUUUGGAGAUCCUCAAAAGGAAGUGGUGGGAUGGUGGCAAGUGUCCAAAGGAGGAGGACCACCGUGCUAAAGGUCUGGGCAUGGAGAACAUCGGUGGUAUCUUCGUGGUGUUGGUGUGUGGGCUGCUGGUGGCUAUCUUCAUGGCAGUACUGGAGUUUGUCUGGAUGUUAAGGCAGACCCCAGGAAAUGAGCAGUCAGUGUGUGAGGAGAUGCUGCGGGAGCUCCAGGGGAUCGUCCUGUGUCGCGACAGCCUGCAGGUGAGGCGCCGGCGGGCGGCUUCAAUAAUGCGACCGCGGCCCUUACCCCUAGAGGAGCGUCGGGCGCGAGCCGCCGCUGUCAGCCUCAGCAAUGGUAAGCUGUGCGGGGGCACCGGACUGCCUGAACCCCUGUCCCACAGACUGGCACAGGAGGCUGCUCUGGUUGCGAGAGGGUGCAGCCACAUCCGCAUUUGCCCCGAGUGCCGGCGCUUCCAGGGACUGAGGAUGCGUCCUACAGGGGCCACUGGGGCCCUUCCUUCUCCCACACACAGUGAGGAGAGCAUAGACUGGGACAAGACCACAAAUAGCAGUGAACCUGAAUAACCCCCAGCGAUUCCAACAGAACUGACUUUCCCAGCCACCUCGCUACCUUCCAGGAAUCAAAGAUCACAUGGUAUUUUGAGUCAGCCAUUCGGAGCUUGAUCCUAAAGGGCAGGAUAAUACUGUGAACGUUUUGCCCUAGAGGCAACAGCCAGUAGUGAGUUUUGGAAUCUGUUUGGGUGAAUUUUUCCUUGGUCAUAGGAGAAACUGAUGAGUCUGUCUCAUUGUGGUCUGUCCCUGUUGGCCCUUUGUACCGUGUAAAACAGGCUGGACAAAGACAGCUACGGGGCAUUUGUACUAUGCAGUAUUUUCAGUCAUUUAUCUUUGUGCUGUUUCUUUUUUUUUCCUUUUUAAAUUAUUUCUGUCCUCUGUUGGAUUAUCAGUACUGAAUAUUGUUAUUCUAUUCUUAUUCUAAAAAAAAAAAUUUCAAACAAGUUCCUUUUUUUAUCUGACAAUUUACUGUAUGAACGUAUAUUGCCUCUGAAGCGCUGCGAAGAUGAACAGACUAAAUGCAAGGUCAUCCUUCAAAUCCUUUUAUUUUGAAAGUGCCAAAAACCAUAAGUAUUAUCUUGUGGCUGAAGAAAGCACCACAGCCUUGAGAAGACAACAGACUCAACUGAACCUAGAAAACAAACAAGCAAAGACACACAAACUUCUUUUAUAGUAGUGAUAUUCUAUUAAAAAUGUUUUAAAUGUUGGUAUCUCUGAAAGACAGCGAUGCAUGUCCAAAGGUGUUGGCAAAUGCUCAAUGAAUGAUUAAUUGCUAAAAGUGGUGGCUGAGCAGCUGAAAGAUUUCCUGUUUUGAUUACCUGCUUAAAAACAUGAUGGCUACACACAAACAUGCACAUACACAAAGACAUCCAUUUAUUUCCUUCUCUUGUGUGUUGACAUGACUUUCUCCUCUGUCAUCUGUCCUACAUCUCUGACACUGUGAUACAUUUAUUGUCUCAUCACCUGUCCUCUUUAUGAUCUCUCACUUAAAAAGAUAUACACCGUCUCCUGCAUAUUAUACAUUCUCUGUAAGAGAUUAAAACGUCCUUUUCUCACAUAUCCGAGAAUGAUUCAGGUUUCAUGAGGACAAAACAAGUGUAAGAACGUAACUGAGCACACAUCAGAACCAACCAAAAACAUGCAUUAAAAAGGUUUUUAUAUCAGCAGCUGACUUGAGUUCUUUUAAAUGUCAAGGCAGUUAAAGUUUCAUUGAAUGUGAUGUUUUACACGCUGCUUUUGAUAAGUCUUUCAGUUCAGAUCAGCCCAGACGCUCUCUCUGGCAUUUUCAUGCUUUUAUUUUUGCAAAAAGCCACAACAAACUUCUUAUUUGUUUUAAUGCAAACUGAUAAAGAACGUAAUUGAAAGAUGAUUCUGUCAACUGUUUUUGAAGCUGUAAAAAUUAAGUUGAUUGAAGUCAAAUCGAAAUGAUUCAAUCUUUCAAAUUUCCAAUCACUUUUUGAAAUGUACCAGUUCAGUUUUAGUUGCCUUUAUUUGAAUUAACAGUGAGAACAAACCCCCAGCAGCAGGAAUCUGCAUGGACUGUGACUUUCCCCACUGAACGGACUGUUUUGAAGGUGUUACUGUAUCAUAGCCUGACUGUUGCACAUUGGGAAUCAGCGGUCAUCCACCUGUCUUCACUGCUUCUUGCUUAUCUCUGAUGUGUCCAUCAUUUUAAAUCUGCCCAUCAGGUUCUGUCAAUCACCAUCCCUCAAAACUAGGCCACCAAGUCAACACAGCUUGAAGGUACCACAGUACUAUCUCUCUUGUACUUUUAUUAACCACGUUCACUUUUUAUCUUUGUCAUCUCUUACCUGCAGGCUGACAUGGUUAGAAACAGUCUGUAUGUGCUCUUUUAAAUUCACAACCUGGAAAAGGUCUGAAUGUUAUAUUGAGGUGUACGAUCUAUUGAUCACUCACCAUGUUUGUUUUUUGGCUCUAUUGUCAAUAGUUAACACCUCAUUUUUCACGUCCCAAAAUCAAAAUAGAUCACAGCACCUACACACAAAUCAAACCUCCAUUUCCGUGUAAAAAAUUAACGAUCACAGUUUUGCCUCUCAACAGUUACCAUUUCUCUCAAUGUGGACAUUGUGCUACCGGGGGAGCAGUUUACUUAAAAUAACAAACUUUGCAAAGUCACACAACUAGCAUCAUGCAUUCUGUGAGCUCAUUCGCUAUGUUUAAAUGUGUUUACGCUGAUGUAGAAUCGUGAUAAGAACAUAUAGUGUUUAUAGCAGACACGUACGUGAUCAUACUCACUUUGUUGUUGAAUCUUUCUGUUACUUGUUUUACCAUUGCAUCUGCACAGUAACAUCUCCCUGAUAUCAGAUCAUCCAAUCUGCCUCUAUAUUUUUUUCAAUAACUUGUUAUUGCAUUAAUGGGCACAAUUGGUAUGCCGUUUCAGAAGCUGGUGAACAUGUGACAACCGCUAACAGACCUGGAGUGAACUGCGGUAUUAGCACGAUUGUACUAACACACAGAGUUUUUUGUGAAUUGAUGGUUCUGACCAUGCGGGUGACUAGAAUCACAAAUGAGUGGAAUUUUUAUUUGAGGGUGCUUUUUUCCACAUUUUUUCAAAGACAGUUCAAUUUGUUGCUGAAAAGUGUUUCAGUACUUCAGAUAGCAUUUCGACUCAGGUCAGCAGCGUGUCUGAGCUCCCACAAGAAUACAUCAGUGUUUGAAAUUGCUGGAUUCGGCCCUCCAUAGAAAUGAAUUGGAAUUGCAGAGGCAUUUUAUUAUCUCCUAAAGCACCAAUAGUGCCAAUGUACCUAAUCCUCAAGUAGUAAAGUAUUACUGUGCCACAGACAAGUGUAAAUACAGUAUGAUCAUCAGGGUUCCCCAGUAAUGGCCCAAAGUGUUGUAACAGUCAUUUGAAGCUGGUUAUGUUGAUAGAACAGUGUGCCAUUUAGACACACAUAGAUCUGGACAGUACAGAGAUGGUGAGGCUAAUGGUAAAAAAAAAAAAACUCUUCAGACAGUUAAUGUUAACUUUCUAUAUUUCUUUAUAUAAUAACUUGUUAAAGGCAAAUUGCCCAGCAAAUAGCAAAGGGGAAAAAAAUAACCAUAUUUCAUUUACCAGUUUUAUAAAAGAAAUUUCUAUCCAUUUGCUGAAUGUCACUAAGAAACUCAUGAGAGGAAAAAGGCUCUGGCUGCACAAGAUGCUAACUUCUUAAGCACUAAAAACAUUUACAGGGGUGCUAAAUCAAGCGUAGUCGGAAUGAGAUUGCCAAUUACCUUGAAGCCAUGAGGAGCAGUGCCGUAAGAAUUAAAACAAAUCCCACUGAAACACUGGGCGACCUUCGCUGGGAGACCUCUGAGAGCGAUGGCAGAGUUUGGCUGCUAUAUUUUAUAUGCUUUAUUUUCUUAUGUUGACAUUUUUAUUCCAUUAUAAAUACAUUUCUUAAAACAACCUCCAUUCUGUGGGGUUCUGGUUUUGUCUCUUCUUUGCUCUGAUGUAUUUGACCUUCUGAGCCGUUUAGAUUCAUCAUGGUAAAUAGCGUCUGAGUGCACUUUUGUUUUUUUCAAGUUUUAAAUAUUCAUUUCAGAAUAUUGCAGAGAGGCAGUAUGGAGAUGUACAGAUUUCUAGCUGAGUAAACAUGACGAUUGUUGAGUGAACCACAAGGAACUGAUGCAUCUACCUCUCGUUUCUCGCCCAUAACUGCAUUAACGUCUGCACACUUGUGAAUCAGUGGAACAGCUGAGAAUUUGUGUGGGUGGGAAGUCUUAACGGAGGCUAAUGAGUUUAACAACUCACUCACGUGCUAUAUACACGCAUCCACUCACCCGUAGUCCAUCUAUCACUGUGAUUUUCAGUGGAUUUCUCUCUCCUCAGGAUAGUGAGUGAACGCUACACAACACCCUGCAUCUGAUUUACGUUUUAAUUCUCUCUCCUCCUGCUCUCUGAGUGCCUGUCUCACAAUCUUGCCACUGGAGCGUUAGAGAUGACGAGUUUUUUCAGUACGUCACCAAAGCUGUGUGUCACACACACACACACACACACACCCACAUAACUCUUACAAGAGUGACGCACACACAUAAACACUCGCCGCCACCUGUAUGUCACUGCUGUGUGAAGUUUUAUUUCACCGUGCUCAUGCUACUCCUUCUGCCUCUGGUGUUCCAGGUCCAUAAAUUCAGCGCGUCUCUACCCACCACUGCCUAGCUGCUGUUGGAUUUAUGGAACCCAUGAUGAGCAAUGAGUGCCUGCAGAGGUGUGUGGAAAUCUACUUCCCUCCUCGAGCUUACCCAGUUGUAGCACAUAGCAAUACCAAUUUCCCUGUAGUUGAUUGUUAUUCUGCAAGGAUUUAGGAGUUAUAGGAAUAGCGAAGUGAGUCUGAUGCAUUUUGCCUCGCUAACAGCUCACAUCUCAUACAGUUGAAGAGUGACUUUCUUAUCAGCCCAUUCCAUGUAAAUAAACGUUGGGGCUUUUUUUUUUUGGCAUUUUGCUCACAUAAAAUUCAUGUUUGCUAAGUCUCACAAGCUCUGUGUCCAGAAACCAAAACAUGAAACCUGAGAUAUAUAAAGAUGUAAAAUUAAAAAAUAAAAUUUGGGGUCUAUAACAUUCA